GGGGAGAGGUGAGACUCGUGCACGCGCUCCACUCCCUGAGGGUGCGCGAGCAGCGCGCUCCCGCCACCCGCGUCGCCAUCUUUUUCCCCCUCCGUCCGUCUGUCUGCCGUUGGCUUUGUCCGUCUGCAGCGCCGCCCCUCGGCUCCCGCCACCGGUUCGGCUCGAAGCCGCCCUCGCCCCGCCGCGGCCGGGUCCUGGAGAGCCCGGGCCCAGCUGGCCGGAGCUGCGGCCCGGGGCCCAUUGUCCGGCGGUCCGUCUGUCCGGAGGCGGGGCCCAGGGACCCUGAGCGCAGCCGAGCGCCGACGCGCCGGAUACACGUCACUUGGAUUCAGGCGAGUUUACUUUGCUCCGUGGGAACUGCACCAGAGCAGGAGGUCUGAAAAAGAACUGUGUUUGAUAUGCAGAUAUGAUAGAAGACUGCCUGAAAGCUGCUUCCUUUGCCACUUCCUGUGGAGGCCUGUCUUUGCCAUUUGCGGUUUCUUUCUUUUGCUUAGCAGCUGGCAAAGAGGAAGUAAUAUAUCCAGUCGUGAAACUGGGAAAGGCCAGAGCUCUUGGAUUAGGGAAACAUGUCCCGUCGGAAACAGACAAAUCCAAAUAAAGUUCACUGGGAUCAAGUAUUUGCUGGGCUAGAAGAGCAAGCCCGCCAGGCGAUGAUGAAAACUGAUUUUCCUGGAGACCUUGGCAGUCAGCGACAAGCUAUCCAACAACUAAGAGAUCAGGACUCCAGUAGCAGUGAGUUCUGCACCUUCUGGUGACAGUGAGGGUGAUGAAGAGGAGACCACACAAGAUGAAGUCUCUUCCCACACAUCAGAGGAAGAUGGCGGGGUGGUCAAAGUGGAAAAGGAGUUAGAAAAUGCAGAGCAUCCUGUUGGUGGGAAAGAAGUAGUAGAGCAUGAGGUCACAGAGAAUUUGAAUUCUGAUCCCUUGCUUGAGCUCUGCCAGUGUCCUCUCUGCCAGCUAGACUGUGGGAGUCGGGAACAGCUGAUCGCUCACGUGUACCAGCACACUGCAGCAGUGGUAAGCGCCAAGAGCUACAUGUGUCCUGUCUGUGGACGGGCCCUUAGCUCCCCAGGGUCACUGGGUCGCCACCUCCUAAUCCACUCAGAGGACCAACGAUCUAACUGUGCUGUGUGUGGAGCCCGUUUCACCAGCCAUGCCACUUUUAACAGCGAGAAACUUCCUGAAGUACUUAAUAUGGAAUCCCAACCACCAGCCCACAGUGAGGGCCCCUCCAGUACUGAGGGGAAGGACAUUACCUUUAGUCCUCCAGUGUACCCUGCUGGAAUUCUGCUUGUGUGCAACAACUGUGCUGCCUACCGGAAGCUACUGGAAGCCCAGACCCCCAGUGUACGCAAGUGGGCCCUACGGCGACAGAAUGAGCCUUUGGAAGUACGGCUGCAGCGGCUAGAACGGGAGCGCACAGCCAAAAAGAGUCGGCGCGACAAUGAAACCCCGGAGGAGCGGGAGGUGAGGCGCAUGAGGGACCGUGAAGCCAAGCGCCUACAGCGCAUGCAGGAGACAGAUGAGCAGCGGGCACGCAGGCUGCAGCGAGAUCGGGAGGCCAUGAGGCUGAAAAGGGCCAAUGAAACACCAGAAAAGCGGCAGGCCCGGCUCAUCCGAGAGCGGGAGGCUAAGCGACUGAAGAGGAGACUAGAGAAAAUGGACAUGAUGUUGAGAGCUCAGUUUGGCCAGGAUCCUUCCGCCAUGGCAGCCUUAGCAGCUGAAAUGAACUUCUUCCAGCUGCCUGUGAGUGGAGUGGAAUUGGACAGCCAGCUUCUGGGCAAGAUGGCCUUUGAAGAGCAGAAUAGCAGCUCUCUGCACUGAACCACACCCUCCUGCCUGCCCUCCAAUCCACCUAAGCCCACAGGGGUCAGUGCUACAGCUACCUACAAAGCCAGCUUUGCUUUCAGAAGCAGGCCCUGGUUUGUUGUAGGAGGAUCUGUGCACCCCUUGCAUGUGGGAACAGGAUGCUGGGGUCAGGAGGGACCCAGCUCAAGGCAGCUCUACACAAGGGAGCAGGCACUCCAGAGAACUUGACUCCCCCAGCCCAUUGCAGCAGGCUGGGCUUAUGGGACUUAGGGGCCCAGUGCAACCCAUGAAGUUGUGAGGGCAAAUAAAUUAAUUUUAUCUUUACUGG